AUGUCGAGCUCUCAGUCAACUCACGCGCCAGCACCUCAGCCAGUCGAGACGAACCGACAGCUGUCCGAGAAAGAUUCGCCCACACAAAUCACAAUGCAUUCGAAGCACAAUCUCUGGGGCCAACCGGCUGGUAAACCUGAGUCCCAGUGUCUCCAGAAUUGCCAACUGUGGUGCUCAUGCCAGCAACCUCAUGGAGAGCCUACUAAACCUCGGCGAUAUAGUUUCGACAGCCAUCCGAUAGGGCUGAGUUUCCGACCCAGUGGAUGGACUGAUCGUCGACAACAGCAGGCAGAUGAAAGGAUGCACGCGGAUAUGGAGCGGUUCCGAUCGCAAUCCCUAUGGUCGAUGGACCAUAUGAAGGUGAAUACUGGGAGUAGUGAUGGAUACCCGAAUUACCUUGUAUCGCUGCGGGUCUUGGUCCAGAUGGUCAAAGAAAACGUACAAUCUCUGAUCCGGAUGAUCUUGAGGGCGUCAAAGAGUUUCUUUGCUCGGAGGACUUGA